AAAUCGAAUAAUGAAAGUUAGUUUUGUUGGUGUGUGGAUUUUCUUUAUCAUUGCAACGUCUGUAUUGGAUUUAGUUCAAGGAACCACAUGUAGCCCUGGGUGCGGUGCGAACGGUGUCUGUACGAAUGGAAGCUGCUUGUGCAACGAGGGAUUUACUGGAAAUGAUUGCAGCGUCGAAAUGAUGGAUUUUACGGGAAGUGGGAGCGGCGCUGUAGACGAUUGUAUGUUGGGAAUGGACAUGUGCGACAGAACAGGAGGUAUAUGCACGAAUACAGAAGACUCGUACAUUUGCUCCUGCAAACCUGGGUACAGCGGGGACGGAUUUACUUGUGACGAUAUUGACGAAUGUAAAGGCAACCAUGGAUGCAAUGAGAAUGCUAUGUGUUUGAACUUAAAUGGAAGUUACUCUUGUAUCUGUAAAAGCGGAUACACAGGAAAUGGUUUCCAAUGCCAAGACUGCUUCGCGGUGGAUGUGAGUGCGUUACCAGGACGUCGUUUUAUCAAGGUGAUUCUGAGCUACAACAGAUCGUUGUCACACAAGUUUACAUUUAGCGCUGUGGUUGGUGGACAAAACGUGACGCGAACCCUAACUAACCCGACAGAGUACACUACUGGAGAACUUUUAAUGCCAGAAACCGAAUAUGUUAUUCGCGUGGAUGUGGAAAAUAUAUGUGGCAAGAAAACAGUGAAGAUGUUACACGUUAAAACAGUUGGUCAAUGCACUCGAUCUUGCACGAAUGGCAAAUGCGUGGUAACUCCACAGGGCGGGGAACAAUGCUCCUGUUUGGAAGGUUACGAAAAGGAUACAAAUAGUGAAACAGUAUGCAAAGCCCGGAGAAGAUGCGACGAGCAGAGCGGCAAUCAAUUGUGUGCAAAUAUUCCCAACUCCGAAUGUGUGAACGGUGCUGCUGGUACAUACACUUGCCAGUGCAGCCACGGGUACUUGGAAACAGCAAACGGAACAUGCGAACUCAAUAAUCUGUGCAAACACCAACCAUGUAAAAACGGAGGAAACUGUUCGACAAACGGAAUAACAAUCUCGUGUGCAUGUCCUGCUAAUUGGAUGGGCGAUCGUUGUCGCAUAUGCAUUUCUUCGUGCUCCCCAAAUCCAUGUCAGAAUAACGCAUACUGCGAAGAUAACUGUCCACAAUAUACUUGCAGGUGUUUGCCUGGUUACCAAGGUUCACUUUGUUCCGAGGAUAUUAACGAAUGCCACAGCAAUCCGUGUGCCCCGAACGCUAUGUGUAACAACACAAUAGGAAGCUACAUUUGUACUUGUAACACUGGAUUCAGGGGAAACGGAAACGUGAAGUGUUAUGAGAAGAUUCUGCUUCCGUACGGUCACAGCAAUGGUGAUAUCAUGAUGCGACCUGGUGACGAUGUGGUUACAGAUGUAGUGCAAUUAGAGUACGGAAUACCCUUCGGUCAACGAACUUUCAAUCAAUUUCGAGCCUCGGCGAAUGGUCUGAUCUUGCUUGGUGCCUAUUACGGCUACCGAUUAUUCCGUCCCUUUGAAGAGGGAUUCAGUUUAAAUACAAGAAACAUAGCGUUGCUUGCUGCGUUCUGGGACGACCAUGAUUUAAGAGAAGGGAGUGGGGGAAGUCUUUACUACCAGUCCUAUGACAAGAUCGAAAGUACAUUGGAUGCGGCCGGUGAGGCAGUUGUGCAAGAAGUAAAGAAGAGAAUUAACGAAAAGUUCAACGUUUCAACUUUUGAUCCGAUUUUCGUUUUUAAAGUAACUUGGGACAAAGUGGUCAUGUUUCACUACGAAUACACUGGUCACAAGAAAUAUCCGAGUACGUUUCAAGCUGUAUUGGCGUCUGAUGGUUGCGAUACGUACGUUAUGUAUCUCUACAAAGAAGACGCAAUGUUAUGGCAAGUGGGCUUACGUCGAAGCGAAAGGGCGUUAAUCGGCUACACCAACGGAUUUGAUCAGAAAUUCGAUGAGAGCUUAGGAGAUUACCGACCAGACCAGCGAGUUCAACGAACAAAUGGUGUCAAAAAAGGCCAAUAUUUCUAUCAUCUGACGGCAAGCAAAUCGGCAACCGGUACUGCUCGUUGUGGCUGUAUAAAAUGGUAUCGAAACGACAUUCAAACCACAUACUCGGUACCACAAGUACCUUGUCCUUGCACUGCGAUUCAAGCUGGUAUGGAUAGGCGGUUCAGUCGCUCUGUCGAUUUUGAGAUCGAAGAUAUUAUAAAUACAGACGAUAGUGAUAGUUACAACACAGCCGAUGUAAGUGAAUGGAAUAUUGGACAAGUAAACGGUCAGCGAUGCUACCAGCCGUUUCAAGGUUUUGGAACAAGGUGCUGCUACAAAACAUUUGCAUCGUUUCCAUCUCGUUGGUUUCCCAAUGUUUUUCAAGGUCAUUUAUUGACCGGCACUUUCGGCAGCUUUUACGAGCCCCAUCAAAUACCGCUGUUUACACUCGGAGAAGACAGGGACUUCCGUUCGCGAGGCAGAAAUCUGUUUCAGAGCCAGCACAAAGCUGCAAGAGAUAGAGACUGGAUACCACGACGACAAUGUUGCUACGAGAGUAACGACCGUGGGUAUUGCAAUUUAUACAGAAGAAGACGACCACGUGCUACUUGUGCAGGAUAUGUUCCAAUAGUCCAAAGUUUCGGUUUCGGAGAUCCCCACAUCACCACGAUAGACGGUGCCUCAUACACUUUUAAUGGCCGAGGGGAGUACGACUAUGUUUACGCACCAAGGAUAUUCUCGCUGCAGGCAAGGACAAAGAGAGCAACCAAAUCUGACGGGACUUUUUCAGACGCAACUGUGUUUACUGCAUUUGCUGCGAAGGAUCUCGCGUCGCCUUCUGCAACGAUUCAAUUCGAAAUUGACUACAGUAGUGUAAACGGAAGUGGUGUUAUAGUGAAAAGGAAUGGAGUGGCUUUGACAGCUUUGUCUUCGGUUCCGACCAUUGCGGAAAAUGUAACGAUAACGGUGAACUCGGGAAGCUACACUGCCGUUUUUUCAAGCUCAACUUCUAUAACGGUCUCUGCUUCGCUGUAUAUUCUGAGUUUACAGUUCUCCGGGCAUGCUGCAUCGCUUCGAAACAAUAUGAGAGGGUUGCUGGGGAGCUGGAACGGUGAUAAGACAGACGACUUUAUAACACGCAACGGCACAGCGUUGAAUUACAACAGUCUCAAAGCCACUGAAAAUUUGGACAUCUUAAAUGGAACACUUCUAGAAUCAAAACUCUAUACAUUUGGACAAUCCUGGAAAAUCAGUAAAUCGGAAAGCUUGUUUUAUUACGGCGGUGGCAAUGAUACCUUCGAUAUGCAUAACCCAAAUGUAACCGCCAGACCGCCGUUCCUUGAAGACUUGGUGGCUGCACAGCGCAACAGCAGCUUGUUCUCUGGCAUUGUUGCCAACUGCACAAUCAACAUGGUACUUUCCACCACAUGCCUGUACGACGUUUUAACUACAAACAGAACAGACAUUGGACUUUCAACCUUAACUGAAGAGAGUUCCUCACAAGCCACUUCACAAGCGAACGCGAACACGCCGCCAAAUGUAACUAUUUCCACAACCCUUGACUUCGUGGAUGGUUUUUUUCAAGUAAGAGUUGGACAUUUAUCACAGCUUCAACUUAUCGGGAUUGACGCGGAAAAUCAUCAAAUCACCUAUUCAAUUUCAAACGACACGCCGGCAAUUGGAUUGCACAUUGAUUCAGGCUCAGGUUUGCUCAGUUGGACUGUUCAAACAAACACUACAGACACAAACAUAACGCUUGUGGUCUUGGCUACUGACGCUUUGCAAGCAGUAAAAGCUGUUACGAUACCAGUUAAACUAUGUAAUUGCCAGAACAACGGUGUGUGUCAAUACAAUGAGAGCAAAUACGGCACGACGGAUUUCCUUAUUGUUGAAUGUGCAUGUACAGACGCUUACAAUGGCCACUAUUGUACCGACGAUCGAAAUGGCUGCGAUUUCGGAGCUUGCUACGCGGGUGUAAACUGUACAGAUAUAAAGGCACCAGGAGUUGGUCAAACCUGUGGCUCCUGUCCAUCAGGAACAGCAGGCGAUGGAAGAAAUUGCACCACAAUUAACAUGUGCGAGUCAAACCCAUGCUCACAAGUUUGCUCUCCAGUGUUUAAUGGUUACAAUUGUUUAUGUCAUUCGGGUUACCGAGUCAACACUUCAAACAAUACACUAUGCGAUGAAAUAAAUGAAUGUCAAGAAAAUAAUCCCUGCGCUAACGCAUCUAACACAAGUUGUAACAAUACAGCUGGAAGCUACAAUUGUGUUUGUUACGAUGGGUAUUCAAAGAUUUUCAACUCUACUGAUGAUUGCUAUGAUAUAAACGAAUGCCUAACAGGAGCACAUAACUGCUCCAAUGCAACCUCAACAUGUAGCAAUACUGGAGGCUCUUUUGUUUGUGUGUGCAAGUCAGGAUAUGAAAGGUUGCCUGGCGUUUCACAACAGUCAGCAUGUACAGAUAGGAAUGAAUGUGAAACUGGGACCCACACCUGCAACAACAGAACAGAGACUUGUAAAAAUUUAAUUGGCUCAUUCAGAUGUGACUGCUCUUCCGGGUACGAGAACAAAAGUGGAAGCUGUCAAGAUAUUAAAGAAUGCUCUGAUCCACAACAAAACAACUGUAAUACACAAAGCAACAGGUCAAUAUGUGUUGAGGCUGAUGGAAGCUAUGGAUGCAACUGUUUGAGUGGAUUUUCUGGAAAUGGAUCAGUAUGUGAGGAUAUUGAUGAAUGUGCUUCAAAUACAAGUCUGUGCUCAAGCAAUGCUAGUUGUAGAAACAAAAAUGGAUCAUACGAAUGUUUGUGCAACACAGGGUUUACAUUUUUAAGUGGAUCAUGCAUAGAUAUAAAGGAGUGCAACAACAGCACACUGAAUAACUGUGACAGAUCAUUUCCAAACUCAUCAAUGUGCAUUGAAACUGAAGGUGGCUUCUAUUGCACUUGUUCUGUUGGAUACACAGGAAACGGUACACACUGCACAGACAUAAAUGAAUGUGAAUCAAAUCCUUGUAUGAAUGGGGGAAAUUGCACUGAUGUCGUUAACGGUUAUACAUGUGCAUGCGCUGUUGGAUAUACAGGAACCAACUGCCAAACUGAUAUUGAUGAGUGUGCAUCAAAUCCUUGUAUGAAUGGUGGAAAUUGCACUGAUGUCGUUAAUGGUUAUACAUGUGCAUGCGUUGGUGGAUAUACAGGAACCAACUGCCAAACUGAUAUUGAUGAGUGUGCAUCAAAUCCUUGCAUGAAUGGUGGAAAUUGCACUGAUGUCGUUAAUGGUUAUACAUGUGCAUGCGCUGGUGGAUAUACAGGAACCAACUGCCAAACUGAUAUUGAUGAGUGUGCAUCAAAUCCUUGUAUGAAUGGUGGAAAUUGCACUGAUGUCGUUAAUGGUUAUACAUGUGCAUGCGCUGGUGGAUAUACAGGAACCAACUGCCAAACUGAUAUUGAUGAGUGUGCAUCAAAUCCUUGUAUGAAUGGUGGAAAUUGCACUGAUGUCGUUAAUGGUUAUACAUGUGCAUGCGCUGGUGGAUAUACAGGAACCAACUGCCAAACUGAUAUUGAUGAGUGUGCAUCAAAUCCUUGUAUGAAUGGUGGAAAUUGCACUGAUGUCGUUAAUGGUUAUACAUGUGCAUGCGCUGCUGGAUAUACAGGAACCAACUGCCAAACUGAUAUUGAUGAGUGUGCAUCAAAUCCCUGCAUGAAUGGUGGAAAUUGCACUGAUGUCAUUAAUGGUUAUACAUGUGCAUGCGCUGCUGGAUAUACAGGAAUCAACUGCCAAACUGAUAUUGAUGAGUGUGCAUCAAACCCUUGUAUGAAUGAUGGAAAUUGCACUGAUGUCGUUAACGGUUAUACAUGUGCAUGCGCUGCUGGAUAUACAGGAACCAACUGCCAAACUGAUAUUGAUGAGUGUGCAUCAAACCCUUGUAUGAAUGGUGGAAAUUGCACUGAUGUGGUUAACGGUUAUACAUGUGCAUGCGCUGCUGGAUAUACAGGAAUCAACUGUUUAAAUGAACUAUUCAGUAUUUGGACAUGGAAUGGACAAUUCUGUAAAGCGCCAUCUUUUAAAAGACCAACUGUUUAUGUGGUUGAUGAAUGCAUGUUAUCACCAUGCCUAAACAACGGGACCUGUACAGACAUUGGCGUUGAUUUCAAUUGUUCUUGCACACCUAACUUCCUUGGAAAACGUUGUGAAAUUGCUGAUUACUGUAGAAACUCUCCAUGUGGUAUGAAUACGGAUUGUAUGAAUGUAAACAAUACAUUUGUGUGCAAAUGCAAGGAUUUCCAUAGAGGGGAUCCAACUGUUGGUUGUUCAGCAUAUUGUCCUUCCCAUUCAACUACAGUUGGGAAACAUUCAAUUUCUUUUGGUGAUGUUUGGAGGAAUCAAAUUGCCUACUCUAAAGAGAAAUGUCCAAAUGGUCGCCCUAUAGCUUCAAUAUUCUGUAAUCCAUCUUUGAAUUCACCUGUAACCUCUCUUAACUGUAACAUUACAAUAGCAUCUUCAGUAGCUCAAAUUCAAACAAGCCUAACUGAGACCAAAGUAAACAGCUCAAUGAUUGAAACGAUCUCAAAAGAAUUCCAGCUAUUAACAUCCAAUUCUAACAGCUCCACUGACGAGACUGUUAAACUUGUGGGGGUGGUCAACGAAAUAGUUAAUGCAUCAAAAAGGAACAAUAUAACACUUACUCCAAUUGCGUGGGUAAAUUUGGUGUUGUUAACCGACCAUCUUACAUCGUCAAUCAAAAGCAACGACUUGCCUGCAAACAACCGUGCUCAACUUUUACAUUCUCUUGAUGAAAUUAACGAUCUUGCCACUUUACCAUCCAAUGGCGGUGAUCUUGCUGUGGAAGCGGAGAAUUUGGCUGUUUCGAUUCACAGAGUUUCAAAUGUCUCUUCGCAACACUACACAGUACAAAUUCAAAAGGACAACUCAACUUUAGCUGAAGCAGCUAAAGUUGAUAUUCCAAGUGCGGUUAUAAAACGUGCCAUGCAAAAUAAUGCAUACCGUGAUCAAGUAACAAUUGUACACCACAAAUCAAGUUCGUUGUUUCCAUCAAACUUCAAUAUUUCUCAAAUAACAGCGGUUAGUUUCAACUUGCAAAUAAACAUCGACAACCUGCCUGACCCGGUAAAAAUAGAAAAUUCAAAUCUUCCAUUUCGUCACAGUAAAGUAGUGAAACCAGAAAAUCGAUAUCAGGCUGACAGAACUCAGUUACAAUGCAGAUAUUGGGAUGAGGACACAACUAAUUGGCUUCCCGAUGGUUGCUGCUUAAAUCAUACAGAGUAUCCACCACUAUGCCAAUGCAACCAUCUUACUAACUUUGCAUUAGUUGUGGCUAGGGACGUAGUACCAGCUGACUUUAUUCUAUCAAUUGUCAGCGAUAUUGGAUGCAUUCUUUCAGCCAUUGGACUUGCUUUAACCAUUAUCAUACAACUGACAAACCGAGAACGACGUAAACUACGUUGUACGCAGAUAUUUGUAAAUCUUUGCUUUAACCUGAUGAUGGCUUACAUUCUCUUUCUUGCUGGUAUUGAGCAAGCUCACAACGAUCGCUCUUGUACAGUGAUAGCUGCGUUUCUACAUUUCUUUUUCCUUGCCACUUGGUGCUGGAUGGCUGUAUAUAGCUAUGACCUCUACAAGGGUUUAAUAGAGGUGUUCCGAGAUGACAAAGAAAACUUUAUGAAGAGAGCUUAUGCAUUUGCAUAUGGUUUUCCUAUUGCAGUAGUUGCUAUUAAUGUUGGUAUCACUGUUGGUUAUGUGGACGCAUUAGCAGAUACAGUGACAUGUACAGGAGUAAAUGAUUUGGCGCAGUGGUCAUACAGAGCAGACUAUGCAUGUUGGAUUACUGGGUAUUCACUGUACAUGGGAUUUUUGCUUCCUGUAGGAAUCAUGCUUGUCUUUAAUGUAGGCGUCUUUGUCAUUGUACUCAGGAAGGUUAUUUGGAGAGAGCAUGAGAUAAGCUCAUCUGCUGCCAAGGUGUCAACAAAACAAAACUUAUCUAUUACUUUGGCAUUAGUAGCAACUAUGGGCCCUACUUGGAUUUUCGGAUUUGUAAUGCUUCUUUCCACGGAUUCAGUGUUCUAUUAUGUUAUGAGCUGGUUCUUUGCCAUCUUUGUAGCUACUCAAGGGUUCAUGAUCUUCUUUAUGAGUUCGAUUCGCAACAAGGAAGUACGAAGUGUCUGGACCAGUACUGUCUCGGAUGCUCUAAGCAGGGUCAGAGAAACUGUCUCUAUCCAUUCUGCAGCUUAUGACCUCAGCCACGCCAGGGGAUCUGGCAAGUUUCCUGAUACAAAUGAACACUCUGGCAGCUACCUGCAAUAAGUUAACUAAUAAUUAUUUUUCCGUGUCAAACUAUAUAAUGGGAAGAGCUAUAAUGAUGUAUAUAAUUAUUUAUGAUGACUUUUACAUCGGAAUUCAAGAAAUAAAAUUUUCUGC